AUUUAUUCAUAUUAUGUGGGAAAGUAUUCAGUAUUUUCUGGGAUAUAAGUUAUUCUUUUUAACUCUAAUAAACUUUUCUAAACCUAAUGACUUCUCAAGGUUAAAUUUAUUAACACCAAAUCGUCCUGGUUUAAAAAUACAUCCACUUUUUUCACAUUUUACACCAUUUGAUGAUAUGCUUCAUAUACAAUCACGUAGACAACGUCUUGGUAUAAUAAGAAGUUAUAUGAUAGAAAAUAUGCAUCAUUUAUAUAUUGGCCAUAGAAUUUAUGGUCGAUUAGAUCAAAUAAUGUUCUUUUAUCUCAAAUUAUCUGAAUUAUUAAUGAAUAAAUCUAUACCUAAUAGUGAAAAAAGUAUUAAUGAAACAUUUAUUGAUGUAUUAAAGAUUGUUACAACCUAUUCAAUUGAUAAAACCUAUUUACAUUUUAUUCAUGUAGCAAAUUCUACAAAUUUUACAACUGUUCUAUAUAAUUUUAUAAGAAAUGUAUAUAACAAACCAAUUAUGCCAAAGAAAUAUAUUCCAGGUAAACCACUACAUAUAUUAUUAAUGCAUGCAUGGAGAUUAUACUACUUAUUAGCUCUAGGCAGCUCUAAUAUUUGGUUCCAUUUCAGACCAAAUAAAAAAGUCUAUGAGGGGGAUUUAAGUAAAAUACAUGAUGAAUGGAGUGUUCUAUUUAUCUAUGAUUUAUGUCGAACUAUUGAAAAGUACAGAAAUUUAACUAAUAAUUAUAAUGAUUAUUAUUUACCAAAUGGAUUUGUCCAAAUCUAUGCUUAACUAAUCCAUGCCUUGAUAUGACUAAUACAAUAUCAAGUAAAUGUACAAUGAAUGGUUAUCUUGAAAAUGAUUAUCAAUGUGAAUGUCAACCAGACCAUACAUGGCAUAGUAUUAAAGGCUAUGAAGGUGAUCCUUUUGGUAUUUAUUAUUUUUGUCUAUUUUUCUCCUUGUUAAACUCUCUAGUUUAUUGGAAAUUCCUAUUUAAACAUUUAGAAAAUCU